AGAGAGAGAGAGAGAGCGAUGGGCGCGGCCACGUGAUCUUGUUUUGCUUCUGACAGGUCGGGUGUCCUCGUGCCGCGCGCCUCCCUCAGUUCCUGGCCGACAGAACGGGCGAAUUCCCGAAGCCGUCAGGUGGCCGUAGGUAGAGGUAACUUUACAUCACCAAAUGGUUAAAUUAAUUUGCACUUUGGCAGACCACAAAGAUGAUGUCAACUAUUGUGCCUUCUCUUCUUCCUAUUUGGCUACGUGUUCCUUGGACAAAACAGUCCGUCUGUAUUCGUUAAACAAUUUUGGUGAGGUUUCUUACUCACCACUGAAAGGCCACACUUACGCUGUCCAUUGCUGUUGCUUCUCUACUUCGGGACACAUUUUGGCUUCAUGUUCUACAGAUGGCAACACAAUUUUGUGGAAUACUCAAGAUGGGUUGAAAAUGGCAGUGUUGGAGCAUCCCUGUAGAAACCCUCUAAGAAUUUGUCGAUUUUCCCCUGAUUCUACAUAUUUAGUUUCAGGAGCAGCUGAUGGAAGUAUAAAUGUGUGGAAUGUUCAGACGCUAAAAUUGUAUCGAUCUGGUAAUGUUAAAGAUGGAUCAUUGGUAGCUUGUGCAUUUGCUCCUAAUGGACGCUUCUUUGUGACGGGAUCAUCCUGUGGAGAUCUAACUUUCUGGGAUGACAAAAUGAAGUACUUAUAUAAUGAGAAAGCUCAUGACCUUGGUGUUACCUGCUGUGACUUUUCUUCAAGGCCACAUUCUGAUAAGCAAGAUGCUGAUUAUUUCAGAAUGGCAUCUUCUGGUCAGGAUGGCAUAAGUAAGAUCUGGCUCAUUUCAUCUUCUGAUUCUACAGGAUUUGACCUGAGAUGUAGAUGUACUUUAAGUGGACAUACUGCCCCCGUUCUGGCUUGUGCUUUUUCCUCCAAUGGGCAGGUUUUAGUUACUGGGUCUGUGGACAAAACUGUAAUGAUUUUUGAAACUAACACUGGGAGCAACCUGCACAUUUUGACUCAGCAUACCAGAUAUGUUACAACUUGUGCCUUUGCACCAGAUAUGCCAUUAUUUGCUACCGGUUCAAUGGAUAAAUGUGUCCACAUCUGGGAACUGGAAUCAGAACAACUUUUCACAGGAAGUCCUCUGAUACGGGAAUCAAAGAUUUCUAUUGAUAACUGGACAGAAGAUGAUGUUUCCAUUUGGCUUCAAACACAUAACUUGCAAGACCUAGUUGAGAUUUUUAAAAGAAACAAUAUUGAUGGUAAAGAAUUGUUAAAUCUUACAAAAGAGAGCUUGACUGAUGAUUUAAAAAUAGAAUCUCUAGGUCUUCGCAGUAAAGUUUUGCGUAACAUUGAGGAGCUCAGGAAUGAGAUGAAAGCUGCUUCUCUAGAUAUUCCUGAUGAAUUCCUGUGUCCCAUAACCAAAGAACUUAUGAAAGAGCCAGUGAUUGCUGCAGAUGGCUACUCCUAUGAGAAAGAAGCAAUAGAAAAUUGGAUAAUUAAAAAACGGCGUUCUAGUCCAAUGACGAAUCUCCCUCUUCAGAGACUUGUACUUACCCCAAACCGAGCACUAAAAAUGGCUAUUAAUCGAUGGUUGGAAACUCAGCAAAAAUAUAAUGAAAAGCAAGCACCUUAAAGACUGUCACCUUUUUUUCAAAAUUAGAGGAAAUGAAUCUAAAGUCUUUGUCUUCAGAGGACUAUGAUCAAGAAUGAAGUGAAAAACUUCCCAGACUAUGCAGUUUAACUAAAAGGGCAUCUCACGACCAAUUAUAACUUUGUACAACUGCAAUACAUUCCUAUUUCAGUGCCUUUCUAGAUGUGUAGCCUAGAUAGAAAGUUGACAAUUCAACCAAAGUUGUGGCAUGGAAUAAUUGUCAACUUAUUGGAGACCAGCUGUUGAGUUCAUCUACAAAUAUUAAACACUCACUUGGGUUCCAACAAUUUUUGGAAGAGAGAAGUAAUCUAUGCAGAUUGUUCAUAUAUUUUACAUUUGAAAUGGAUCCUAAUUAAGCUUGCAUUAAUGAUGACCUCAGCGUUGUGCUGUAAAACUACACUACUGAACCAGAAACUAUAUUAAUAAUCUUUUAUUUAAUAAGAGAAAAAUACAGUAGCUGUGCAAAAAAUAGAUCUACAGAACAAGAGAAUAAGAUUGUACAAAUACCAAGAUAAACAAUAAAUAAGCUACAGAAUAGAUUAAGUCAUUCCAAAACAGACUUUUUAAUGCUUUUUUUAAAAAAAUGUGUGAAGUUGUUAUAAUGUAACAUAUAUUCUGUACAUAUGGAAAUAAAUUUGUUGAAGGGACUACAGAAUUUUCCAGCUUAUACAACCAGCCUUUAUUACUUUUAGGAGCAUCCUUACAAAUGUGCCUCUUCAAGAACAAUUUGUAAUUUAAAUAGAUAUUUCCUACUGCAUACUGAGGAAAGUAUCAAUGGCCUUUAUGUAAGCUUCUCCCUCAGAUAGAUAUUAGAUGUUCUAUAAAAAAUACUCUAUGACCUGUAUUUCUCUUUGUUUUUCUGAUAUAACACCUCAAAAGAUGUUUAGAUAAACUAUGUAAAGUGCUGAUUGUAUGUUGUUAACUUGUCAUAUGAGUCAGUGCAAUAACAAAGAUGUUGAAUAAAAUGCAUG